AAAAAAAGCAAUGGAAUUAAUAAAUAACAAUCCGAUAAAAAAAAUAAAAACUCAGCAUAAUAAUGAUAAUAGUGUAAUAGACAAAGAGCAACUAUUUUUUAAAAUAAUAAGGAAUAGGUAUUUAUUCAAAAAGAUAUUGGGGUAUUUAAAGAGGGACCAGUUUGCAUUAGAGUUCUACAGCGUCAUAGAUAUCAAUUGGUUAUUAAAAAACAACUACCCAGGUGUAUUAAAGGACAAGGUGAAGCAGGGUCAUUAUCUAAUAACGAGCGAUGGCGCAAUUCCACAUACAAAUGAUACAACUAUAUUUUAUGACUCUUUCUUUAUAAUAUUUGAAUACAUAAAAAGCGAGCAAGAUAAAGAUUUUUAUAGGUCUUUAUUUAACAACUACCCAAUGCAUUUCAAGAUGGAAACUCAAGAGCAACGAGAUCGUUUAUUUGAAUAUACAAUUAAAAAAGGAUGUGUUGGUGCAGUAAUAUGUUUGGUAGAAUAUUUUGGUUUUCAGGUUACUCAGGAACAUUUAGAUGCGGCAAUUUUAAUAAAUACAAACUACGAAGAGGAACAAAAAAAGAAUUUUGGCGAAUGGAUAUCACAGCAAAUAUUUAUAGGUGAAGAAAUAUUACCAUUAAUACCAACUAUACAUUAUAAUCAAGAUUACAAAAAUCUAGCAACUACAGUAUUCAAAAUUAUAAACUACUUUAUGCAUCGUUUGCAACAGGUUCCACUACAUUUAAAUUUAAAGAAUUUUUUUAAGACGUGUCCAUUUGACUUAAACUUAUCAGAACUUUUUGAAGCAUGUUUAGCAAUCGAUUUUUUAUUUCAAAAAGGUAUAUUUAAUAAUUAUAAUUAUUAUAAUAAUGAUUUAAAUAAUAAUAACAAUAAUAAUAGCGGCGGCAAUUAUAAUAAUAAUGAUAGCGAUAUAAAUAAUAAUAACAAUAGUAAUGAAUCAAUACAAAUUAAUAAUAGUUUAAUAAAAUCAGAAUUCGAAAUUAGAAAGUGGUUAUUAGAAUUUAACGAUAAACAAUUAAAAACCAAGGUCGAAUUAUUGGGUAACAAGAAUGAAAAAAUUCAAGCAUUGGUUCAAAUGUAUAUGACCGUUAGAUGUAAACCACAUAAAUGUUUAAGAUAUUAUUUGAUGUUUGAUAAUGCAUCAUUUGAUAUAAAUGUAUUUCCAACACUUGGAAGCAGGAUUUAUUUAUCAUUUUCAUUUGACUAUGGAUGUAAUGUAUUACUUAGAGGUUGGUUUGACGGUGGCUCCUCCAAUUGCUACGAUGUAUCAGAGAUUUAUGUUAGUCUGUACUUUCAUUAUAGAGAUAGAGAACACGAAGUGUGUCAUCUAUUAGAAUACCAACCAUUUCUUUUUAGGCAGUGUGUCAGCAAAGAUAUCAAAGAGAAAUUUAUAAAAGAUGUUUGUUCAGAUAUACUUAAUCCAAAUAUAAGUAAAUCAAAGAAAUUAGAGCCAUUAUUUUUCUUUAGUUUGGUUGUAGAUUAUGACGAUUUAGAGUUGGUAAAAUUAGCAUUCAGGUAUUUGGCCCCUUAUUUAAAGAAUCCAUUGUGUGGUAGCGAAUAUAGAAAUCCAUACUCUCACUUCUCAUUCAAUGUCUAUAGAUAUAUUAGAUCGGUACCAGUUUUAACAUUCCUAUACUAUCAUUUAAAUGAAGAAAUGAUUAGAGAUCAAAGCUUUAUUACAUCAUGUCGUUUAGAGGUUUGGUAUCUUUAUGGGCGCUUAGAGUUACUAAAAGCUUAUGAAGAGUUGACAAACUAUAAAGGUGGUCCAGAUUUUGAAUUCUCGCAUUCCUCAUGCCCAAGAAUUUCGUUCCGUGGUUUCGCUUUAAAUCGUUACUUUAUCCAUGUAGUCCAACAUAUCGUAUCAAAACCAGAUCUAUAUAACUUUGACUCUCUGGUACUAGACUGUUUAAAAUACUACCCAGAAGCAAGAAAAUUUUAUACUACAGAUUUAGCCUACUUGAUAGAAAAUACAGACUUUGAAUAUAGACCAUUUCAAAUUAGUUGCAGUAUUUUUGGAAGUUGUAAUCCUCAAAGUAGCGGUGGCAAUUGCUGUUUUUCAUCAACUAACAGAAUUCGUUUAUUUCAUUGGAUUUUAAAAGAGAAACUUCACGAUAUUGCAAUUGGUAGAUGUGCCUUAUUUGCUCAAGAACUAAACGAAAUGAAAUAUUUAACUGGUAGAAUCGAUGAACUUAUAUUUAGCAAUAACACUGUUGGUUUUGUUGGCAAUCCAUUUUGUAAACAAAUAUUUCAAAGAAUUGGUGAACGUGGUGAUGUAAAAACCCUCAGCGUUAUAAUGGAAACUUUUUUUUCAACUCUUCAACAAUCUUUAUCAUUAUCAUUCACUGCUAAAACAAAUUUAUACGAAUUAUUAAAAUAUGCAGCUGAAUUUGGUAGAAUAAAUAUAUUUCAAUUUUUAUAUAAAAAUAAUUAUUCAUUUGUAUUAUUACCACAACAACAACAACAACAACCACAACAACAACAACACCAAACUCAAAAUGUUCAAAACUUAAUUCAAGAUAAUAAUGAUAAUAAUGAUAAUGAUAUUAAUAAUAAUGAUAUUAAUAAUAAUGAUAAUAAUAUUGAUAAUAAUAUAAAUAAUAAUAGUAUAAAUAAUAGUAUAAAUAAUAGCAAUCAAAAUGAAGGUAUAUAUGGAUUAUUUUCACAAAGCUUAUUAAAUGUAAUUUUUGCAAAAGUAAUAGAAAAAGAUUAUAUUGAACUAUAUUUACUAUUAGUAAAUACUUUUAAUUUUAAAAUCAGUAAUGAACAAUUUCAAUUUCAUUCCGGAUCAAGUAUUUCAAUAUUAAAUAAUGUAAUUGUAAAUAAUAAUAAUAUAAAUAACAAUAAUAAUAAUUAAAAAUAUUUAAUUAUUAAAAAUAUUAAAUAAUAAAUAAUAAAAAAUUUACUUUUUUUAUUUUUGUAAAU